UACAGGAGAGCACACUUUCAGGAUAGUCCAUCCUUACGCACACACACACACACACAUACACUAACACACACUCGGUCACGUUCUCCGUCUCGCACAUGCACAUGGAGUACUACUGGACCCACCUACUCUGGAUUCUCUGGAGCAUGAUGCCAGGGUUCCAUGACUGUUUCAACAUUGACACCAGAAAUCACAGGAUCAUAAAGGGCCCCAGGCAGACGCAGUUUGGCUACACUGUCCAACAACACAUGGCUGGGGGACAGAAGUGGUUACUGGUAGGAGCCCCACUGGAAACAAAUGGACAGCAUCAGACAGGAGAUGUGUACAAAUGUCCCUUAAGCAGAAGAUCUGGAGGACCCAGCUGCACCAAACUCAAUCUUGGAAGGAUAUCUUUGACAAAUGUCUCUGAACGAAAGGAUAAGAUGAGACUUGGAAUGACCCUUUCGUCCAACCCUAAAGACAACAGCUUUGUGGCUUGUGGUCCCCUUUGGUCGUACGAAUGUGGCAGCUCAUACUACAGCACUGGAAUUUGCUCCAGAGUCAACGCCAGCUUCAAGUUUUCCCGCACUAUCGCUCCUGCCUUCCAAAGGUGUGAGACAUACAUGGACAUAGUUAUAGUCCUGGAUGGUUCAAAUUCAAUCUACCCUUGGAAUGAAGUUCAAGACUUCCUUAUCAACAUCCUGCGGAAAUUCUACGUUGGACCGGGACAGAUUCAGGUUGGAGUACUACAAUAUGGAGAAAAGGUGGUAACAGAGUUUCAGCUGAAUGACUUCCGCUCUGUGGAGGAUGUGGUCAAAGCAGCUCGUAAAAUAGGCCAGCGAGGAGGAGAAGAGACCAACACUGCACUGGGAAUCAGUGUUGCACGCUCAGAGGCCUUUAAACAGGGAGGUAGAAGAGGAGCAAAGAAGGUCAUGAUCGUCAUCACAGAUGGAGAAUCACAUGACAGCGCUGACCUGCAGCAGGUCAUUGAGGACAGCGAGAAUGACGGCAUCACCAGAUAUGCAAUCGCUGUACUGGGCUACUACAACCGCAGAGGCAUCAACCCCGAAGCUUUCCUUAAUGAGAUCAAGUACAUCGCUAGCGACCCCGAUGAUAAGCAUUUCUUUAACGUGACAGACGAGGCAGCUUUGAAGGACAUUGUGGACGCUCUCGGAGAGAGAAUCUUCAGUUUAGAGGGGACUAGCAAGAAUGGGACAGCAUUUGGUCUCCAGAUGUCUCAGGCUGGCUUCUCCACACACAUAGUGGAGGACGGUAUUUUAGUGGGAGCUGUGGGAGCUUAUGACUGGAAUGGGGCUGUGCUGAAGGAGACUCGUCAGGGUAAAGUGGUCCCACCAAAGUCCUCCUAUGAACAAGAGUUCCCAGAUGAACUGAAGAACCAUGGAGCCUACCUGGGUUACACAGUGACGUCAGUGGUGUCAGCUCGCAGCGGCCAGUUAUAUGUAGCAGGAGCUCCACGGUUUAACCACACGGGCAAGGUCAUCAUCUUCACCAUGAAAAAUACUGGAGAGCUCACUAUAUUACACUCGCUCAAGGGACAGCAGAUAGGGUCAUAUUAUGGCAGCGAGAUUGCUCCAGUGGACAUUGAUGAUGAUGGAGUGACUGAUAACCUGCUGGUGGCUGCACCCAUGUUCUUCAGUGGAGGCUGGGAAAAGGGCAAAGUCUACAUAUACAGAGUCACAGAGCAGCCUCGUUUCAUAUUGGAGGGCUCGCUGGAGAUCUUAGAUCAAGGUCAGAAUGCCCGUUUUGGCUCUGCGCUGGCCCCUGUUCCUGAUCUUAAUGGGGAUUCAUUUAAUGAUGUGGUGGUGGGAGCUCCGCUAGAGGAUGACCACAAAGGAGCCAUUUACAUCUACCAUAGUCAACACAACAAAAUACUGAGGAAAUAUAAACAGAGGAUUGCUGCAGUUCAGCUGGCCCCGGGUCUGCAGUACUUUGGUCGUAGUAUCCAUGGGAAGAUGGAUAUGAAUGGAGAUGGCCUGGUGGAUCUGGCUGUGGGCUCCCUCGGUGCAGCAGUACUUCUAUGGUCUAGAAGUGUUGUCCAGAUCCAUGCCACUGUUCGAUUUGAGCCCAGCAAGAUCAACAUAUUCAAUAAAGACUGUCGGAGAGGAGGGAAAGAUGUGACCUGCAUGUCGGCUAUUGUAUGUCUGAAUGUCACAUCUCGGACUCCUAUCAGACCCUCACAAGAAAUAGCUCUUAGCUAUAGUGCUUUCUUUGAGGAGAAGCGCUUUAACCCUCGAGCCGUGUUUGAUGAUCCAGAUCGCCUGCAGCCUCAGAAUCUUACACUGCUUCCUGGAGAGGAGACCUGUGACCACAUCUACUUCCACGUCAUGGAGACCACAGACUACGCCAGGCCCAUUAUAUUCACUGUAGAGACGGAGCUAUUGGACCUGGAACAAGGCCCAGCUCUGGAUGAUGGCUGGCCAACUACUGUGAAAACACAGCUUCCCUUCUGGAACGGGUGUGAUGAAGAUGACCAUUGUGUUCCAGACUUGGUGUUACAAUCUCAGACUGAUCUAAUAAAUCGCAAGCAGUUCUGUGCCCAGGCGUUUCGAGCAGGCAGUCUGUUAUGUCAGAGUCAGACAGCAGCAGAACCUUCUGAACGCAUUAUGGAGGGAUCCAGGAGAAGGAUGGUAGUGGAUGUACGUCUAGAAAACAGAGGAGAGAACGCAUAUGGAGCCCAGCUUAACAUCACUUACACUCCAAACCUACGCUUCUCCAGCCUUAUAGUGAAGGAUAACUCUGAUAUACAUAUAGACUGCCGGAGUGAGAACAAGCGAACAUAUGAGAAAUUUUGCAAUAUCAGUGCACCCUUUAUGAGAGCAAAGUCACAGGUAACAUUUCGUUUGGAAUUUGAAUUCAGUAACUCUGUGCUGCUUGAUCACGUACGGCUCAUUCUGCAGGUUACCAGUGAGGGUGAGGAAGUUGUCCUACACGAUAACAUUAACGACAUUUUCUACACUCUGAAAUAUGAGGCUGAUCUGCUCUUCACAAGGGAUUUUUACCCAACCCGAUAUGAGCUUAAACCUGACCUCUCUCUAGAAGAACCGGGUGAUUUGAACCCUCCAUUCAACUUUACCUUUCAGAUCCAGAACCUUGGUUAUUUUCUAGUCCAAGAUUUGCAACUCUACAUUGCAAUCCCUGAGGUCACGAAAAAUGGCAAUCAACUCCUACAGAUCAGAGAUUUCCAUAUUGACCAGGUAGGUGGAAGUCAUUGUAUCCCCCCUCAGCAUGUGGCACACAGUCGGGCCUCUCCAGAGGACCUCUCACGAACAUCACGACUGAACUACUCCAACACCCUGGCAGUGCCAGUGCAGUGUACCAUCAACCUGCCUUCCAACAGAGAUGUUAGUGUGAAAAUUGGCGGAUCCCUUCGUACUGAUGCACUGCAUGCGCUGAAGUUCAAAACCCUUGAGCUUGUAACAACAGCCUCAGUGGAGCUGAACCCUUCCAGCCCCAUGUUUCUGCCUGAAGAGAGGCCGGUCAGACAUAUAAUCCUAGAGAUUAGGAAAGAGGAGGAUUACCGAGUUCCCAUCUGGAUUAUCAUAGGCAGCACACUUGGAGGCCUGUUACUCCUCUCUCUCCUAAUCCUGGCACUUUGGAAGUUGGGAUUUUUCCAAAGGCAGAAAAGGCAAGAGGAGGCUGAGAAUGAGGCUAAUGGCAAGAUGGUGGAAGAGCGAUAACGCAGGCUGCUCAAGAGGGUUCAGACAGGCCUACAUCUCAGGGACCAACCAACAGCAACAUUAGAUGUCUCUGAAACAGAGAGAAAGGGAGAAAGAGAGAAAAACAGGACUUGAGGCAAUAAAGAAAGGAGAGGGAUAUGCUCUGUGCACUGGACGACCUGUUGUUCAACCAUGAAAAACACUGCAAUGACCCUCAUCAUGCCUGCACUGCUUACUGAGCCAACCCCAUAGAUGGGUCUCCAUCUCUCUUCUCACUCCAGAUCAAAACCCUCAGAUGACAUGAUGUUCACAACCUCUUAAAGGACGUUCUUCUGAGAGACAUGUUCAAAAGAGAGACUUUUGGAAGAUGCAUUCAAGAAGAAAAGCUUGACUUUUGACAUGAAUUCAAAGGAAAGAACUUUUUCACAGGGUCUUUGGACUCGCAGUCAAUACAUUUGAUCCUUGGCCAAAUAUAGUGUCUGACAAGAGACAGGAAAAUAUACAAGAGAAACCUCAAAGGGCUGUAACUCCAUAAAACAGCCAUGUUUGGUUCUGGUGCUUCUUCUUUGACAUCUGGAAAAAAUGGGCCAUCUUGGAGGGAAAAAAAAGUGGAAAAUUUGGCUCACUUUAUUGUAAUGGCCAUUGUUAUUAUAUGUAAUAUAAUAUUAGGCACUGGAGUUUGUAGCUCUGUUUUUUUUUUUUUUUUUUUUUUUCAGUGGUCAUAAUUUAUUGAAUAGAAAAUGAACCGUGUUGUGUACUUUAUUACAUUUUUAUGAACUAUCCUCCUCUAAUACCCUUAAUAAUUAUACAUAAACAUUUUUUUUUCUAUAUGCUCAUUUUUUAAUCUCAAAUAACAAUAGAGGUGGACAUUUACUAUUUGACUUUUUUAAAAACAUUGAUGCACUUUUUUAUACAGUAUUGUAGUGAUACAAACUUGAAUUUUGUAAAUAUACAGUUUAUCUUUGUAAAACAAGUUUCAAAUGUGUGCUUUCAUAAAGAUUGUGGCAUUGCAAUGUAUCUCUAGCGACACAUCAGACCUAGUUUAGCUUACAUGAUAUGCUUCACACCUCAACAAGUAGCCUUUGAGAAAGGGUAUGCUGCCUAUACAGUACAUCAACCAAACUUAUGAUUUAUUCAUUUAAAAAAUUAAGAAUAUUGAUCAAAUGUUCCCUAAUGUUAAAAGAUGUUGAGUGUUUACAGUGCUAUGAAACAUCCUUAUCAUUUGCAGAUGUACUGUAGUCAGGGACCCCUUUUCUUCAAUGCUUUAUUAUAUAUGUCCAAGAUAAUAAAAAUGAAUAUCAAAUAAAAAAGAAUUUGGAAAAAGGA